AUGGAAUUUUAUGCCUCUUAUGACUACAGCAACACCUCACGAUCAUCUUGCUGCCAUGCCUGCAAGCGAUCAAUGCGUACUGCUCUCAUCUCUAGAGAUUUUGGAAACAAAAAGAAGGAUUUUUGUUCAAUGAAGUGUUAUUCAUCGACAUCAUCAUCCUCCUCCUCUCCGUCUUUGCCAUUGUCAAACAGCAAACCUCUGAUAUCAACAACAAGUCCUUUAAAAAAUCAACGGAACUUUAAUAAUAAUAACAACAGCAAUAAUAAUAAUAAUAUUAUAACUACAAAAGACAUAUAA